AUGACUUAUUCCCUUUUUAGUACCAGCCACUUUGCCUCCAAAAGUUAUCUUCUUUCUUCUUUAUUUAGAAACACACCUUUUCCCACCUGUCUUUAUACUUUUGUCUGUAUCAGUCUGAUGAAUUGUUGCUUAAGUGUAGGAGUUUUUUUUCAAAUUCUUUUAUUUAUUUCCCUCCCUCUUUUUUCUUUCUUUCCUUCCCACUUCUUCUUCAUUUCUUUCUUUCUUUCCUUUCCCUCUUUACCUUCCUUUCUUUCCUUCCCUCUUUACCUUCCUUUCUUUCCCUCCCACUUCUCCUUCAUUUCUUUCUUUCUUUCUUUCUUUCUUUCUUUCUUUCCCUCUUUUCCUUCCUUUCUUUUCUUCCCACUUUUUUCUUUCCUUCCCUCUUUUUAUAUUUUCCUUCCAUCUUUUUCUUUAUUUCCUUGUUUUUUUUUUCUUGAUUUCCUUAACUCUUUUUCUUUUUUUCUUUCCUUCAUUCUUUUUCUUUCUUUAUUUUCUUCUUUCUUUUUUCUUUCUUUCUUUCUUUCUUUUGCUUCUUUUCUUUCUUUCUUUCCCUCCCUAUUUUUCUUUCUUUUUCAUUCCCUCUCUUUUCUACCUUCUCUUUUCUUUCUUUCUUUCCCGCUUUCUCUCUUUUCUUUCUUCUUUUCUGUCUUUCUCUAUUUAUUCUCUACUUUUCUUUCUCCUGUCUUUAUAUUUUUUGUCUCUUUUUUUUCACCAGUUUGA